ACUCGGUGCCCGCUGUCAAGCUUGGUGACUCGUGCCCGCUGUCGUGCCAGAUGACUCUGUGCUUGCUGUCGAGCUUGGUGACCCGGUGCCCACGGUUCUGCUAGAUGGCUCGGUGCCCGCUGAUGUGCCCGAUGACUCGAUGCCUGCUGACGUGCCAGAUGACUCGGUGCCCGCUGUCGUGCCAGAUGAAUCGGUGCCCGCUGUCGUGGCUCUGCCCGCUGCCCAGCCUGACGUGCCUCUGCCUGCUGCCCAGCCUGACGUGCCUCUGCCCAUUGCUGAAAGCACCCGCUGGUCUGCUCUGGUACUGCAGCCCACACGGCAGGCGAGUCCCACCACAGUGCUGAGUCCAUUCCUGACAGCCCACUGCCCAGCCUGACGUGCCUCUGCCCGCUGCCCAGCCUGACGUGCCAGCCCCUGAUGUCCAGCUAAAAACUGGCCAAUAACUGAUUCCCAGGC